AUGUUCAAGGGGAGCCAAUCAAGGGAGGCUGCCCUGAACGUCGUACAACGACUCGGUCAUUUAGUCAAGGAGCUGACCGCUCCCAUGGCCGCUAGUUCCAUGAGCGCAGGACGACGACUUGGUACUCGCACUGAUAACAUGGCGGAGUUGGCAUGCGGAGAAGGGACAUGGGCUGUGCAUAAUUUGUUAUGCUUCCACCUCAUCAGCUUAGAAGAGGAACAGUUACAGACUGCUAAUAAUCUGGGGCUUUCCAACAAGGUGACUCCGCGGCCUCGGGUGGAAUUGCCAUUGAACCUGAUACGCAACUCCAUGCCACGAUGGUGUGGACCAAAGGGGCUGCAUGCAGCGUACAGAUACGAUGACGAACGGGGACCGCGCCAGCCAGAGUCCAAGACCAAACAGAAGAAAGUUGAUGACAGGGCCUCAACCUCUACUAGCUAUCUAUGCCAUAUACAGCUGCGGGCCCUGGACUAG